UGCAAUUUGUUGUCACUGGUUUUGUUUUUUAGAGCUGACAUGUACUAACAGAUCAACUGUGCCAACUAACAUCAGUGUUCCUUCAUUGUCUCACAUUAAAUUGCCCAAUCUGAGAAUUUUGUUAUUGAUAAUCAAGAGAAUUGCUUAGGCAAUAGGGUAUAAGAAAAUUUGAAAACUUGAGUCCACAUGAAUAAUAUGUUUUGUGCUUGUAAAAGAGAGUUUGUGAGCCCUUGUGUUUUUUUUGUCUAGUUAAGAAUCCUUAUUGCACCUGCAAAACAAACAGAGUAUUUUAAGUUCGAGGGAUUCGUCUCGUCUCUUAUACAUUUGUUGGGCUAGGGCGUAGUGACAAUGUUGUGUUUGGCUUUUUGGACAUCCCUAAAGAAGCAAUUUAAAUUGGAAUCUUUUCACUUGAAUGCUUAGCUUGAAGUUAUUUCUGCUAUUUCAAUGUGAAACUUUUCAGAGAAUGGCUUCAUUCCCACAGUUUGCAUUGACUUUUGACUUUGAUUACAUACAGCUUUGUCCUAUUCUCUUGUCUUAAAUUCAAAAUAUGGUCUUGUAUGUGAUGCAAUAUUCACUUUCCUUUCUAAACAGGCAAACAUACAUGCUUCUUUUUGGCUUACUUGUAUACACUCUCUAUGCAAAUAUGUUGUAAUCUUAUAACUGCUACUAUGAAAUCUAAUAAUCCUUCUGUUAUUUUAUUUACUUUCUUGUGCUAUAUAUUUGUCACCCGAUUUCUGCAAUUCACAUGAAGUGUUUUGACAAAUCAUCAUCUCUCUUUUGGACUUUUCCUACCCUAAAAGACACGCUCGAUUGCUCAUUGCUAAUGCAUGUUUAGUCAUACCUCUGAGAAGUGGGAACAAUUAUAAUUACAAUUUGGAUACUGCUAUUCUCUGCAUCUUUAGGCUCUAUGGUAAUAUCCCUUCUGUUUGUCUUUCAGGUUAAUGAGACAAAUGAAAAAACUACAACCAAAAAGUCAAGAAAGAAAAAGACAUUGGCCGAGCUCAAACAGGAGGAGGUCAUGCUACUAAAGGAAAGAAGAAAAUUGAAGAAGGAAUUAGCAAAGAUACGUGUGAAUUUGGAGACACAGAAGGCUACAAAUGAAAAUCUGAAGAGAGUGAAGGUUGAUUUGGUACCUGAACAACAACCACAAAGUGGGGAAAGUAUUGUGACAGCUGCUUCCAAUGAGGUCCAGGAGACAGGCGAGGGCGGGGAGGAUAGAGUCGAGCUUCCAGAUCUAAAUCUUCCCUUGGAGGACGAUGAUGAGAUGCUACUGAGCUAGCUAGGAUUAGAUUCGCGAAUGAAGCAGCAGGAUGGAUAAUAUAUAAAGCAGUAGCAGCAGGAGCACCAGCACCAUUCAAUAGUCAGUCAUAAUAGGCUAAUAAGCAAGCUCUAACCAACCAUGUUGUAGGACCCGGACAGAUGGAUUAUUGUAAGAGUUGUAAUUGUAAUUAAAUACCUGCCUUCAGUUUCCAUAGAGAGAGAACAUGGAAUUGGGGUUUUUCUAGUCAUGAAGAAGGUGACAAGGGUAUUUAGGUUCUUCUUUCAUUUUUACUCAUCAAAUUUGCGGAUCUAUCAUAGCAUAGCUUAGAACAGAUCCUAACUGUACUGAUUAGAUGCAGCAGCAGGGGAGGAGGGGAGGUGCUAACAUUCUUUUUUCAAAUUCUUUGGGGGAAAGAACUACUGCCCUUGUUCCUAAACUUAGCUUUUUUUUUUUUUUUUUUUUUCUGGAAUUUUUCAUACAUAUAUUGUAAGUAUUUUAAUCUGCA